AUGGAGCACCUGGUGGAGCACAUGAGGAUAUCGUAUCACUCGGUUCACGAACCAACCUGCGGGAUUUGCAAGAAACAUUGCCGAUCCUUUGAGUCCCUCCGAGAGCAUCUCAUAGGGCCACUACCAAAAGCUGAGUGUGAGAGGAUAUUCAAAGACCGGGGAUGUGACAUUUGCUUAACCAUCCUUAGCUCCCGCAAUGCCCUCUGGGCUCACCGCGAAACUUGCCAACUCUCCCGCACCAAUAAUGGCAUUCUUUAUCGAAUGGCUAACCUGGGGAUGCAUGAUGAGAUGAGGAUUGAUAACACCAGAGCUAAAGUGGUGGCAAUGUCCUGCAAAAUGGUUGGCGGUGGAAGUGAUGGCACAUUAGACCUUUGUGCUAGAGUUUGCCUCAUCGACGAGUCCGAGCGCAUAAUCUUCCAAACUUACGUUAAACCCCAACUUCCAGUUACCAAUUACAGGUACGAAACAACUGGAAUACGACCCGAGUAUUUGCGGGAUGCAAUGCCGUUGAAACAAGUCCAGAGAAAAAUCCAGGAUUAUUUGUGCAACGGUGAACCCAUAUGGCAGAUCCGUUCUAGAGGCGGAAAAGCUCGCAUCCUUGUUGGUCAUGGUUUAGAUCAUGAUCUCAAGUGCUUGGAAAUGGAGGAUACCACUAAAUAUCCGCCAUUGAUGAGGACAAGCAAGCUGAGCAACUCACUCAAGUAUUUGACCAGAGCAUACCUAGGCUAUGACAUUCAAACUGGGAUCCAAGAUCCAUACGACGAUUGUGUGGCUGCAAUGAAGCUUUACCUGAGAAUGAGAUCACAACAUCACAAACACGAGGAUUACCCGCUGGCAACCGACCCGCAUAACCGCAACAAUUUUGCGUCAUGGCGACAAAGUGAACUUGAGAGGAUGAGUCCCGAGAAAUUGUUAGAGAUCUCAAGGUCUGACUACUACUGCUGGUGCCUGGAUUCAUCGUCCUCCUAUAACUACUGA